AAAAAGAUGAUUUUCUCGAGACUUCAGGCUGAUCAUUUUUCUAAUUUUAUCUAUAAUAUUUUGAAGAGAAAUGUUAAAAUUUGAUCAAUGAUCCAUCUUUAAUGAAUAAAUACAGCUUUUGGGCCAAAAGAAUUGGUUUCUAUCUUUUAAAUUUAUGUUAAGCCAAUAUUUAUAUGAUCUUUUAAUUUGUAACGCAAGGUUUUUAUAAUGUGAUUUAUAAGGUCAAAGGGUAUAGUAGGUGGUGAGUUAAGGGAACAUAUUUAUUUUUAGUUAAUUGGAGUUGGGAAGGAGGAGCCACCGAUUAAUUUGCAAAACAAAUAACAACAUCAAAACUCAGAUCAACACAAAUUAGGAAUCAUUUUUAUGUACAAAAGGUUGCAUUCAGCAUCAGAGAUCUUGGAGAGUGGCUGACUCGUCUUACAAUAUCUUCAAGUAUCCCUGGAGCUGCUCUUUCCUUCAUUUGAUUGCUGCGGAUUAACCUACUGUUUAUUCAUUUUUGUGGAUGUUGAAGUAAGGAGAGAAGUAGAUUGAUAGAAUAUGGAGAUGGGUUCAAGGACGGAGGUUGAUGAAGAUGGUGACAACAACAAGGGAAGAAUGUGGGAUUUGGAUCAGCAGUUUGAUCGGUCAAUUGAGGAGGAGGCUGGGAGGCUGAAAAACAUGUAUACGGAGAAGGUAUUAAAUCGAGUUUUUACAAACAUCUCAUUAUUGCUGCUGCGGCUUGCUUUCCAAAGUCUUGGAGUGGUUUAUGGUGACUUGGGCACUUCUCCCCAUGUUUUCUACAAUACAUUUCCUGAGGAAAUUGUAGAUCCAGAGGAUGUUGUUGGAGCUCUUUCAUUGAUCAUAUACUCCCUCACACUUAUCCCGCUCCUCAAGUAUGUGUUUGUUGUGUGUAAAGCAAAUGACAACGGUCAAGGUGGAACAUUUGCUCUAUAUUUGCUUUGUAGACAUGCAAACGUAAAAAACAUUCCUGAUCAACACAGGACCGAUGAGGAGCUUACAACUUAUAGUUGUUGUACAUUAAUUCAUGAAAAAUCAUUUGCUGCUAAAACAAAGAGAUGGCUGGAGAAAGAUACAUACAGGAAGAAUGCGCUUCUGAUUCUUGUCCUGUUCGGUACAUGCAAUGUCAUUGGCGAUGGAAUACUCACUCCCGCAAUAUCAGUUCUUUCAGCAUCUGGAGGCCUCAAGGUGGCCCAUCCACGCAUGAGCAAUGGUGUUAUUUUGGUUGUCGCUGUGGUAAUAUUAGUAGGUCUGUUUAGCAUGCAACACUAUGGUACGGAUAAAGUUAGCUGGCUCUUUGCCCCGAUUGUGCUCCUUUGGUUUAUUACGAUCGGAGGCAUUGGCGCAUAUAAUAUUUGGAAAUACGGAAGCAGUGUUUUGAAAGCGUUUUCACCUGUAUACAUAUUCCGAUAUUUUAAGAGGAGACGGAGGGAUGGGUGGACCUCCCUUGGGGGGAUUAUGCUUAGUAUAACAGGUACGGAGGCGCUUUUUGCUGAUCUAGCCCAUUUUCCAGUUUCGGCUGUGCAGCUUGCUUUUACUGUAGUUGUAUUCCCUUGCCUGCUCCUAGCGUAUUCUGGACAAGCAGCCUACCUCUUUAAUAAAGGUGACCAUGUGAUUGAUCCAUUUUAUCGCUCUAUCCCAGGUUGCAUAUAUUGGCCUGUUUUUGUUAUUGCUACUCUUGCUGCUAUAGUUGCAAGUCAGGCCGCCAUAUCAGCAACAUAUUCAAUUGUUAAACAAGCCCUUGCACAUGGUUGAUUUCCACGAGUGAAGGUUGUGCAUACGUCAAAGAAUUUCCUUGGGCAGAUAUAUGUUCCAGAUAUUAAUUGGAUCCUCAUGGUCCUAUGCAUUUUUGUUACUGCUGGAUUCAAGAACCAAAGCCAAAUUGCAAAUGCUUAUGGGACAGCUGUGGUGCUCGUGAUGUUGGUAACCACGGUACUUAUGACUUUAAUCAUGAUACUGGUGUGGCGCAGCCAUUGGAUUAUUGUGACCCUGUUCACAGGCUUGUCCUUGGUAGUAGAGUGCACAUACUUCUCUGCAGUACUGUUCAAGAUGGAUCAAGGAGGGUGGGUUCCCCUUGUUAUUGCAUCAGCCUUUCUGCUGAUCAUGUAUGUGUGGCAUUACGGAACAGUGAAACGAUAUGAGUUAGAGAUGCAUGGUAAGGUUUCAAUGGCAUGGAUUCUUGGGCUUGGACCUAGUUUGGGACUAGUACGGGUUCCGGGAACGGGACUAGUGUACACAGAGCUAGCAAGUGGCGUACCCCACAUAUUUUCCCACUUCAUCACCAACCUACCAGCCAUCCAUUCGGUGCUUGUUUUCGUGUGUGUCAAGUACCUUCCCGUCUACACUGUUCCGGAAGAAGAGAGGUUUUUUGUAAAGCGGGUUGGACCCAAGAACUUCCACAUGUUCCGUUGUAUAGCUAGGUAUGGGUACAAAGACCUUCACAAGAAAGACGAUGAUUUUGAGAAAAAGCUGUUUGAUAACCUAUUCUUGUUUGUGCGACUGGAGUCGAUGAUGGAAGGGUGUUCGGAUUCAGAAGAAUAUAGCUGGUCUGAGCCGCCGAGCGAGCACUCUAGAGACGGCAAUGAGUGGGGGAACACCAUGGUCUCCUCCAGUGUUAAUACCACAGUGGUGUCAUAUAUGAAUAUGGGACAAAUAAGUAGAAGCCAGACGGAGAUGGAUGAGUUAGAAUUCCUCAACAGGUGUAGGGAGGCAGGGGUGGUGCACAUUCUUGGAAAUACUAUGGUGAGGGCAAGAAAGGAUGCUAGAUUUUACAAGAGAAUAGCUAUUGAUUAUAUUUAUGCUUUUCUUAGGAAGAUAUGUAGGGAAAAUAGUGCGAUUUUUAAUGUUCCUCACGAGAGUCUGUUGAACGUAGGACAAAUUAUUUAUGUGUAAGCUACUCUUUUUCUAUUUUUACUUUAACAUCUAUAUUUAUAUAUAUGUAUGCCAGCAUAAAUAAACAUUUUUUUUUUAUUUGGAA